UAACUUUCUCUAGCCUGGAAAAAAGGCAAUAGUUAACUAAAUGAUUAAUAAACAUAAUCAUUUCAAUAAUCUAUUAGAAUGCAUCAUCAUUUUUGGCUUAAUUAUCUCAAAACUCCAGCUACUCGGCUUGGCACAACUGUAAUCUUAUUGCAAUGUCAAGGUGUUAUUUUGCCUGUCCCUUAUAUUUUUCAGAGAGAGAGAGAAUUGAUCCUAGUUAUGUGUGGUUACCACCUGUCUCUUCUUUUAGGAAUGAUGUGCUAGUGUGAAUGCUUCUUUAACUCUAAGUGGAAAAGAUGUGCCUAUGACUUUUUUCCUUUUCAGUAGUAGCCCCACCGUUUUGUCAUUUUGCCUUGAGAAACUAAAAGUUGCCCAACCCCAAGAAAAGAAUCUCUCAGGCCACCUAUUUAAACCCAAUCAAUUCAAUUUUCUAGCCAAACAUCAUAUCUCCUGCGACUCUCCUCUCUCUAACUGAAACCCUCUGCUCAACUCUGUAUUUCCACUAUCCGAACAUGGCUGUGGUGGAACUCAGAGUGGGCAUGCACUGUGAGAGGUGUAUCAAGGCGAUCAAGAAGGCAGUUAAGAAGAUCGAAGAUAUUGAGACAUACAAGGUGGACAUAGAGCUGAAGAAGCUCACAGUUACAGGGAAUGUAACAACUGAAGAAGUCGUCAGAGAAUUGAAUAAAAUUGGGAAGCCUGCAACUGAAUGGUGUGAUGAGUAGCUGCACUCACCAGUAGAAGCUAUUAGAGGUCUUAUGAGAAAUAGGACUGGGUUCAUUGAUGGUUAUUUUUUGUUGUAUAACAAAUAAAUAUGUGGUUAAAUUUUAUAAAGGAAAAUUUGUUAGCCCAUUUUCUUCUUGUAUAAUAACAAGCAUUUUCUGAAAAGCCCUGGUAUUGUGCUUUUUUA